AUGACCGUGGUUGCCAAUGCGGACUACCUGAAGCGCCGCCGCGAAGUGCCCACCACGGAGUCCGAGUGGCGGUUCGCCCUGCCCACCGACGUCCACUUCGACGAGACCUCCGGGCGCCUGGUGGUGCUGGACGCUCAGCGCAGCCGCCUCCAGAUCUACAACAAGAUGGACAAUUACCUGGUUCCCCAGAUGAACCUGUGA